AUGUCGAGAGUCCAAGAGUACUGGCUUCCCGGAUACGGGCUCUCACGCCAUAUCGUUCUAGGUCACAUCCGGUUCUUUUUGGGACCAUCUGCCUCGGAACAAAUCAACGAUCUUGCAAUCAUGUCGCGGGAGUAUGAGCGGCAAGAAGCCCUCAGAAUGGCGCAUCGCUCCAACCUCGAUAUCACCAGCCAGAACCCAGCGGAACCCUAUAUCAACGAGCUGGUGUCUGUGAAUCCCCGCGGUCGAAGACAGCCUGUGGGAGGUGAAUGCCGACGGGGACGAUGA